UCAGAAACGCUGUGCCGUCACUUCAGGGAUGAAGAAGGCAUGAUGGAAUGUAACGUGUGGAUGACAGCGGUCCUCCUGUUAUUAUACCUUUCAGAUCAUGUACUGACUGAACAACUUCCCAGCUGCGAAGACAGACCUCUGUACAUCCAGCGUGUGUCACUCCACAGCAGAGUGUCCAUCUCCUGCCCCAACAUGACAGGGGAGGAUCUGAGCUUCCACCUGUCGUUGAACCAGUCCCUCGUUCACACCACAGUGCUCAAGAGGAACCAGAUCCACACCAGAACCAACCAACCAGACACCUGGGCCCAGUUCUAUCUAGUUUACCAAAAUCUGAACCAGAACUUGACCAACCGCUAUGUGUUCACGGUCAACAGCACAGGCCUGUACACCUGCAUAGCAGAAAGGAGGAGGUCUCCCCCGCCUUAUCAAGAGGACUCUGUUCAGACUCUACUGAUUGAAGAGAAGCGGUGUCUAACCACCGAGAUCCACUGGCGAAUCAAGGUCAAGAUCCUCUGGCCAACCAGAGUUGUGCAGAGGUUCCUAAAGCCCUCCCCUGUGUCCGUUUUAUUGGUGGAGGAUGAUGAGGAGGAAGUGACUAUUCAGAGUGACUACGUGAACAUGAAGCCUGGAGAGAAGACGAGGCCUAAGAGAGUCCAGCAUCCAGGUCACCGGGAGAUUCUGAUUCUG